AAACAAAUGAGUGAACAAGCUUCUAUUAGUAAUGUGGGAGAAUCUGUUUUCGCUCGAAAUAAAAAGAGAAAAUUCUCUGGAAGUGAAGACGCACGGAAUGCAGAGGAACCCCAAGUGAGAACGCCUCGUAGAACUUUUCUCGUGUUAAACGAGGAUUGCUGGAGAGAGAUAAUGGAUUAUCUCAACUUAAAAGACCAGCUAAGGUUCGCUUCCUCGAACGUGUUUUUUGGAGAGAUUUUCAAGAGAUACGCAAGCCGUCGGUACAUACAUAUUGACUCGAGAAAGAUUGGCGACGAAGAUCUGAAAAAAUUGUUGCAGUUUGUUGGCGAUUAUCUGGUUAGCUAUGAGUCCGAAUUGAAUUACAGUUCGAACGGCGAUCAACAUCUGUGGAUCCUGCGGAGCUGCUGCAAGAAUCUUGAAAAUUUAAAAAUGACCUUUCGACGGUUUAGGGGCGGAUGGGAUGAUCUAAACAGCCUUAAACAUCUGAAAUCUUUGCACGCUUAUCUGCACUUUCAAGAUGUAGAUAAGCAAUGCACUCGUUUUGCUCAAAAUCUCAAGCAAUUCAAGUGUUUAAGGAAACUGAACUUGGAGGCUCCCUCCUAUAACGGAAGAGGAUUGCAUGUUCUUGAUAAACUGGAAUCUCUGGAAGUCGGUUACUGGGAUGGAUUCGAUGCCGAGAGCUUGGCGGAUUGCUGCCAAUUAAUGAAGCAAUUGCGGCAUUUGGACUUUGGAUACCGUAUUCAAAAUAUCACUAAGAACAAUUUUGAUAUUUUAGUGAGGAACUGCAAACAGCUGGAACGUCUGGCCUUUGGCGUAGGAUACCUCGACUCUACGGUGCCCUAUGAGCUGGUCUGCCAACUGCCCAAGUUGAAACAUUUGAAGGUGUGGCAUGACGGAUCUGUUCGCGGCUCUCUUUUCGAGGGAUUGAUCCACAAACGGAGUUCUCCUCUGGAAAGCCUUAUCCUGAUCGGGCCCGAUUUGUUCGAAGAACAGGUUAAGCAUCUUUGCAAUAUUUAUACACUCAAGGAACUCUAUGUAUCCUGUGACAGCGUACCCUUGGCAGACCUACUGAAACUGAAAAACCUUCUGUACCUUCACCUAUCAAUGCCAAGCAUUACGAAUGACCAACUCCUGGAUCUCCUUAAGGGACUACCGCACUUAAAAGUUCUCAAUAUCGGAAAUAACUUUAAUAUAGACGGUUCCUUUGUUAAUAGAGUUCGGACUUGGGUGAGCGAACAGAAAGAGCUGCGCGGGAAGAUCAAAAUCUAUCUAUCACAUAAUGUUGAUACUGUUAAUGUUGAACCUUUCAUUGAAAUCAUAAGGGGUUCUCUGAUAGAUCCCAUAUUGAUAAGAGAAGAACUUAGUGAACAAAUUUAGAACUAGCAAAUCAUCCCAUGUUUUUAAAAUAAAGUUAUCAUUUUUCUAACAA